AUGGAAAUUACUGAAAAAGAUGGGAAAGAUAGAAAAAGCUUUGUAAGUCAAACUUAUUUUAACCUUAUAUAUUAUUCUGAGUUAUAUUCCUCAAACUAUGAAGAUAGAAUAGAAAUCUAUAAUAAACUGUUAUCUGAAAAUUCGGAUCUUACCCCAAAAGAGAAGGAAUCUUGUCAAGACAGAGCUUCAAGAAACACUGAAAGAGAGAAAGAAUUAUACAAAAGAGGCAAGUCAAUGGAAUGCAGUUAUUGCAAUUUAACAAGAUAUUCAACUCGUUACUGCGAAAAUUGCAUUAUAAGAUAUUUAAAAAGCUUUUUUGGAACUUGGACAUCUGGAUGCGAUAUUAUUGAUAGAUUUAUUUGCGAAUGUCAAUCAAGUUCAGGACUCCCUCUACAUAUUAUGGAAUGGAUUUCAUUUGAUCAAUUCAAAGACAUAAAACCUUUUGCAAAGGGUGGUUUUGCUACUAUAUACACUGCGACGUGGAAACGAGGAUCGAUAUUAGAUUUUAAUGAAAGUGAACAAAAGUUUGUUUAUCAGGGUCCUCAAAAGGUUGUGCUUAAAUCUUUAAAUAAUUCAACAGAACCUACAGAAGAGUUUUUUGAAGAGGCAAAUAGAUUUAUUCAAAUUAGAUCAG